UUGUGCAUUCAUAAGAAUAAGGACAAGUGCUUAAAAGAUUCUGACAUCUUGAUGUCUGCAGUGGCAUGUGAUUACAACACACUGCCAGUGAUAUCAAGCCUGUUGUUCAGUCGGGCACGAACAAUAGAACACAGACAUUAUGGACAAAUAACAGAUUGAUAAACUAAUACAUUUAGAUGAAAUACUUAAAAACAGAGCAUCACUGUUAAUAGGCGUAUUUUCAGAGAGGAGGGAGAGAGAGAAAAUAGUUCACAUUUUAAAAUAGUGGUUGAUUGCACUUCAGGAAAACUAAAGAUUGCAACAACUUAUAGCCUGCGAUGCUGGAUCUAACGUUUAACUAGCGCUACACUUAUUUUGCGCAUAUAACACGUAUUUUGAUUGGAUGAGUGCCAAUGUCUGAAUCGCAACAAAAUGCAUGUAUAUCAUUGAUUGGUUGCAUUUGAAGGGCACGAAAGACGAAAUAAUAAUAAUGUUGCAUUAUCGAACGUUACAUUGUGUGUCAUGGAUACUUUUCGCUCCAAAUCUCCCGACCACUAUGUCGAUCGGAGACAGCAAGGCCAAGAGAUUCGAGACUAAGACCAAAGACCGUCGAGACUGUGACAAGACCAAGACCACGUACAAGUGGUCUCAAGACCGGUCUCAAGACAUCCAACUCUAGGAUUAACAAAUGGGUUUGAGUAAGUGGAAGGGAAGACGCUGUGAUCUUUAAGUAAAAACAGCAUUGUUACAUGGAAUUAGUUGCUGCGGAGAUGGUGUUAUCAACUUACCUGGCUUUAGGGAUUACACUAGGUUGGAAAUGUAGGUGGUCUUCCAAGGAAGCAUCUUCCUUUCCACUUACUCAAAUCCAUUUGGUAAUCCCUAAAACACUGAAGAACCUCAACAGGACCAACAACCAAUCAGGUAUUCCAGUGGAACCACAGCCAAGCUAGAUACAAAAGACACAAAAAAAUAUUCACUUAGACUAACACACUCAAGAUAAAACAUACUCAACAUACACAAAACAGCUUUUGAGGCUCCAUAAACAACAAGGCAAUGCAAAGAGGAAAGGCAGGAGAAAGUAGAUGUCUGGAUUGCUAAAGAACCUCUUUUGUAGAAUUGAUCUAAAGCCUGCCUUUUUUCUACAUUGAUCUCCUACGUACACUUACAGCUAAUUAAUCACAUGUAUGAAUUCAAUUGCAUUUUUAAAUUUGUACAUCACCACCCAUAACAAAAUUUAAUCAAGAGUACACAGGCAAAUUUUAUUACUAAUAAAUGCCUGUUCCAUCAAUCUGACCAGGGUAACUGGUUGGAAGUUGGAAUGUAUUGCUACAGUAUAUUGUCUUUUAUAAAGUAUAUGUUGUGAUUUUGGUUCAUAACAGAUUAUUUUUAGGACAGUAGUUCUAACAGUGGGUAUACUGUUGUUUCAUAACUCAAAGGUUGGGGGACUGAAUGCCAGUCCUGUUCUCUGUGGCGACAGUAGGCUUUCAUGUUUGUGCAGGUCUCUGUAUCUGUAAUAGUGUAUGGUUGUGUGUCCCACAAACUGCCUGACAUCCCAUAUACUGUGUCCACAAGCUUCUACCCUGUGCUUCCUAAGAUUAACUACAAGCUCACUGCUAAUCUGUACCGAAUGAGUGGUUAUCAAAGAUAGAUGGAUGGAUGCUCUGCUUGCCAAACGAUGAUUCAUUCUUGCUCUGCAUUUCAGAUCCGGUCCCAUGCUCAUUUCCAAGAUCUCUGUGAACAAGACAGACCGGACACAGGCGGAGCCUCAACUAAUCGUAUGUGUUGCCCAAGCUGGUCUUUGGGCAAUUACCUGGCCGUGCUGAACAACGCUACCUCCUGCCUCAGCCUGACUGCUCUCCAGGUAUCCAAAAGCCUGACUCUACUUCGACAGUGUGCCCCCUACUACCACGACAGGAGCCUGGCACCAUCCUGCACCGAGAGGAGCAAGAUGGGUCACUGUGCAUCAGUGCCAUCUCAGUGCAAGCACUCCAGCGCAGUCUACCAGAUCUUGCAUUACCUGGUUGACAAGGACUUCCUUGGACCUCAGACCACAGGUUAUCAAGUCCCCUCACUGAAAUACAGCCUUCUGUUUCUGCCUGUAGAGAAAGGAGAUCCAAUGCUGAAGAUAUACUUGGACAAUUUGGAGGGCCGUGAUCUUACAUACAGCAACACCACAAUCACAGGCAUGGAUCUGGGCAUCAAAGAACAGCUUUUCAAAUACUAUUUGGCUCGCGACUCAGUCUAUCCCGUGCUGGCUGUAGUGAUGCUUUUAUUGACGAUGGCUCUCUAUCUGCGGUCAUUCUUCCUCUCGGCGAUGUCCUUGGCGGCGAUCAUGGUGUCGCUCUUUACUUCCUAUUUUUUCUAUAAAGUCGCUUUCCGGCUCACGUUCUUCCCUUUUCUUAACAUUGCUGCGGUUCUGGUCUUGCUGGGGAGUUAUUCCAAUCAGGCAUUUACGUUCAUAGACCUCUGGCGUCUCCAGCUAUCCCAGAAGCCUCCUGCGUCGCUAGAAAAAAGGGUCACACGGGUUCUUCAAGAGGGGGGAUACUUGAUAUUGGCAUCGGGGCUGACGGCCAGUGCCACAUUCUACUCAGGAUACAUGAGCAGCAUCACUACCAUCAGGUGUUUUGCAGUCUAUCUUGGCACUGCCUCUCUAAUCAGCACUCUUUUCUCUCUGGUAUGGUUGCCCUGUUCCCUUAUCCUGCGUGAGCGUUACUCUGCAACAGUUGCGCUGCCCGGGAAGCCCUGCUGUUCUUUGGGCCCCAGAGGAUUCUGGGACACAAGCUCGAGGAAGCGAUGCUUAUUCACAAUGGUUCGGAAACUAAGGGGACUGAAACGGGGACUGUCUGACACCUCGGAUUUGCUCUUCUUAAAAAUCCUGCCGUGUGGCGUGGUUAAAUUUCGAUAUAUCUGGGUUUGUUGGUUUGCUGUAUUAGCAGCGGGUGGAACUUACAUAACAUUUGUGGACCCAGGAAUGAAACUCCCUUUUUCAGACAGUAAGGUGGCUCAGCUCUUUCGUUCCAGCCAUCCUUUUGAAAGGUACGAUUUGGAAUACCGUCACCAAUUCAUGUUUGAGCGGCUAAAGAGUGGGGAGGACAAACCUAUGACAAUCACUCUCGUUUGGGGCAUCCAUCCAGUAGACAAUGGAGAUCACCUGAACCCCAGAAGCAAUGGUACCUUAACAACGGACCCAGGCUUUAACAUGAGCAGCCCAGAAGCUCAAGUGUGGCUGCGAGGCCUGUGUGGAAGAAUCGGAAACCAGAGUUUCUAUUUGCCUUCCUCAUCCCCUGAGGGGGAAUUCAAAUGGGACAAUAUCUGUUUUGUUGAACAGCUACUACACUGGGUGUCUAUUAGACGCUGUUCUGAGAAUGAGGAUGCUUUUAACUUCUGCUGCAACAAUAUCCCAUUCCCUUACCUCCCCACUGUUUUUGAGCAGUGUCUGGCCAUGAUGGCUGCUGAGAGACACGCAGAAGGGUACUUGCCUGACACAGCGGGACCUCGUUUUGACCCAGAUGGCCGUCCAGUAGCUUUAGUUAUAGAGUUUAAGACGACCCAACUCUACAGUUUCAAUUUCAGUCAAACUGCACAUUUUUACAAGGAGAUUGAGACAUGGUUCACUAAAGAAAUAUCUAGUGCGCCAACUGGACUUCGGAAUGGUUGGUUUGUAAGCCAACUGUCUCUCUACGAUCUCCAGCAAUGUUUAAGCUCGGAAACACUGGUAGUGACAAGCUUCUCAGUAGCCCUUACCUUCGCCAUGCUUCUCUUGACCACCUGGAAUAUUCCGCUGAGUAUUUAUGGAACCGCCACCGUUGGAGGAAGUGUUUUUGUCACGGCUGGCCUCCUGGUCCUACUAGAGUGGCAACUAAGUGGCUUGGAGGCCCUUCUUAUAUCAGCUGCUGCUGGGCUUUCUGUUGAUUUUGCUGCUAACUAUUGCAUUUCCUAUAGCUUGGCACCACACUCGGAUCGGCUUGGAAGGGUAGCGCACUCCUUAAAGAGAAUGGGCUGUCCGGUUGCCACAGGAGCCGGUGCCUACUUCUGCAUGGGUGUCAUAAUGCUGCCUGCAACGGCACUGCUGUUUCGCAAGCUGGGCAUCUUCCUACUCUUAGUGAAGUGUGUGGCUUGUGGAUUUGCCACUUUCUUCUUCCAGUCACUCUGUUGCUUUUUCGGACCACAAAAGAACUGUGGGCAAAUAUUUUUGCCAUGUACAGGAACGAAUAUGCAGUACAAGGAAAAGGGUACUGAAAACAUGCUGUCUCCUGGCUCUGCCUUAGAGCCGGCCUCCUCAAAUGCAGCAGCUAAUGGGUCUUUUGGCUGUGGGGGGCAUUCCAGAAUGCAAAGGGAAUUCGAAAAAGGAAGUGACGGUGGACAUCUCUGUCCGGGGCAGCAUCGACAGCGACAGAGACACAGAAGCGAAGGGAGGAAGCCAGAACAGUAUGAGCUUCAGCCUCUGGCCUGUCAGAUGAGCGACAGCUUUGAGAACAGCACAUGCACCAGCAAACUGUCCAACAGACCCUCUGUCCUCUCGGAUGACAUUCAGUUCCGUAGCCUGAGCCCAAGGGGAGAUAUAGAAGCGCUGAGCAUUGAGGGAGACAGCGAGGACUUAUCUUGUCAGCACUUUGAAGUCUGUAACCCACCUCCUGCCCUACAGACCUCCUCUCCAUACAAGGAGAACACCCUCCGACCAGUGGUAGCAUCACCAACUAAUUUGACCCAGGAACGACUCUUAUGCAGGCAGUGCCGGAGUCAGUCUGGCAGCCGUAAACACUGGAAUGUCUCAACAUCCUCCUCCUCAAGCAUGGAGGAUAUCGUCAGCAGUCAGCCUCCAGACCACCAACAAUCAAUACCCACAGAGAGGACCACCCGAAGUCCUUUCAAGGACCACCCCCAUCGACGGCUCCUCUCAUCCCAGAGUUCUUUUGAUGGACUGGAGGACUCCAACGAGACUUGCCUGAGUGAUAUUGAACCAGGGCCCUCAGUCCCACAGACUUUAGAAGAAACUGUAAGAGAGCUGAAACCAGGUCACUUAAAUGGCAAGAGGGACACUUUGCGUCUGUCGCUGAAGGAGACUGUUUACGAGACUUCUUCCUUGGGGAGAGGUAGAACAAGCCAGGGAGACUUACCAGUCAUCUUACCCAAUAGCAAACCAGAUUUACCAGAUGUAUGGAUAAAAAGGGAAGGGAGAAGUGGGGAAGGUAGUUGCUGAAGUCUUGCCACGAUGUGUUAAUGCACACUAAUUGCCAGUCAAAUCACUCAAAAUAAUUCAUUGUAAUAGAUCCUGAUCCAAAAUGAGGACCCAUUAGUCAAUCUAAAAUUUUAGCCUACUACUUUUAUGGGAAGGAUUAACUUUUGUUGGUCAUUCAAUUGAAAUUUUCCAGCACGACACUUGUUCAGCGUCAAGUGAUCUAUUUCGUGUGAAAGUGUAUCGGUUCAAGCUUGGUGACAAUCUGCCAGACUAUUGUAUGAAUGACUUCUUGAUGUCAAAUACAUUGUUGUCUCCAGUGUAUUAUUGCCUAAAACAUCUCAAGACCAGGGAAGAACAGGAAAGCCAAACAUUGGAUGUGAAGAGGACUUGCUUUUCCUUUUUUUUUUAUAAAGGUUGAACAUGACAGCCGUUAAUUAUCAAAGUACUGGAAGGCAGUAGCCUGCAUUUUUGAUGGAAGACGUGGUUCAGUAUCCACAAUAAACAUACCAAGAAUUAGAGGAAGAUCAAGAAACUUAAGUGCAUUAUUUAUUACCAGGGGGCAAAUCUUGAUCCUAAAUGGCAAGUUUAUAUAAUGUCUUCACUUAAGUUCUUUGUACAUAACAAAACUGCUAUCAAGUGCUUGAAGCCUUUUAGAGAUCCAAGGUACCAAGCCCCCAUGUCUGAACUAGUUUGACUGCAGUGUUUUCAAGUCUGUAAAUCAAAAUGGUAAAUCCACCAGUGACAAAAUUUGUAUGAGGAUCAGAUCAGAAUCAGACAGAAGACUUGCCACCUGCUGAAACUAGUGCAAUAUAAAAUCAUGGCUACAUUGGAAGGGUUCAAUAAAAAUGCACCUGUGUAAGCAGCUGUUUAUCACGUGCAGGAAACACAGCAGUAAUGUCGCACAACUACGGCCAUAGAAAAUUUGACAGGCAUUUAUACCGUAGUGAAUUUGUUGUAUAGCUACGUUCAUUUUGUUAAUGUACUAUAAUUAUAUGUAAAUAUGUGUGUAUGUGUAUGUGUGUGCAAAUGUCAAUUUGUAUGCAUGUGCCAAACCAUUUUAGGUCACAACAUUUUAAAUACUUCAAGAAUGAAAACAAAUUGAAUUUUCUCAAGCAUUUAAGUACUGCAGCUGGCACGGUUUGGACAUGUUCUGUAGCUUGUAAGCCUUCUAGAAGGUCCAACUUCAUUUGGAUAACAACUGGGUAGAAAAAGUCUGAUUAUUCUGUCCUGCGUCGUUGUACAGUACCAUGUACUAGUCUAUUCUGUAUGAUAUACAGAUUCAUUUACUCGAGGAGAUAGAUGCAGUUUUAUAACACAAAACAUCCUCUGAAAGGUCAGUGUAACUAAUGAUUAACUACUGCCUGCAUAUGGAUGUUUCAAAACCUAAUGAAUAUCCAGCAAGUUCCAGCAUCAGUCCCUCGCCGCCGUGCACGAACAGAUGCCACAAAAGCCUUGUCUUAACCCUAUUUUCAAUGGGGUUUCCAUGCACUGUAUAUUUAGUCUCUGACAUGCUAAAUAACACUUCCGAGUUCUGCUUAUAUCAGAGAAGCACAUGAAAACGAGGAGACCAAUGGAUCUGCAUGGAUUCACUUAACAUCCAACCGCUUCGUUUUUGCACUUGCAUAAUGGUGCAGCAAUCCAUGGACCCCGAUGACAAUACUAUUUUUACUCCACCGAGAGAAUCACCAAACAUAUUAUUAUCCCAUCGCUCUACAUUUCGGAGCACGAUGCAGGCUGCUCAUCCAGCUGCAGUGAGCUGCUCCGAAUUUCCAUGAAAACGGACGCCCAUUUGGUUCAGGCUCAUGGCACACUUACCGCUGUGUUAACGCCCUUUUAGCAGCACUGCAGGCUUCCUGACACUAAUGACUGGUUGUUUCUGUUCAGUUGAAGCUACAACAGACCACGCUCGGCUUCAGGGUCAGAGAGAGAAUCAUUGCCCCAGAAAUCCAGAACAAUUACACUCAGUAGCCACUUUAUUAGGUACACCUAUUUAGUACCAAGUAGGAGUCACUUUAUUAGGUACACCUAUUUAGUAAUAAAUAGGAGCCACUUUAUUAGGUACACCUAUUUAGUACGAAUAGGAGCCACUUUAUUAGGUACACCUAUUUAGUACCGAAUAGGAGCCACUUUAUUAGGUACACCUAUUUAGUACCGAAUAGGAGCCACUUUAUUAGGUACACCUAUUUAGUACCGAAUAGGGGCCACUUUUUCUUCCUAAACCACUUCAGUGGUGGCUGUACUCAGUGAAGCCACACUGAACACCACUGUACUCUCUUUGUUUUGCAUGUUACCUUUAAUGAGCUCCCUCAUUCACAUGGUGUUUAAGCCUGCAUUGCUUGUAGACACUGUAGUGUGUGAAAAUCCCAGGAGGAUGCUGGAAUCACCACACCCGACACCAAUAAUUACACUACAUUCAGAAACACUUAGGGCACUCAUUUCAGCCACUGUAACCUCCUGACCCAGUCAGCAUGCUGCACGUAUUCAGCUGAAGCAACAUGAUUGGCUGUUUGGAGGAGCAGUCUGUUAGCAUCAGCAAGCAGGUGUACCUAAUCAACUAGCCACUGGGUGUAUUAAACAGAGGCCUUUAAUUGUAAUUAGAACUUGAAUUCACUGAUACCUUUGGAGUGUUUCCACUGUUAUGAGUUAACACUUAUUUUUAGCACCUAUAUAAAAAGAGAAAAAGACACAUACUAGGUGCCUAAGCAUUUUAUGUAUGAUGUUUUUUAAGAGGGAGUUUUUCAACUGAGUUUGUUUUUGAUAUGGUAAUGCUUUGACUGAACUGUCAAAAUAAAUUGCAUUUGUUUUCCUGCA